GUUGCUCGCGUUGCUCUCUUUCCGUUGAAUGUGGAUUUGCUUACGAUAUGUUUGUUGUGAAAUGUUGAUAAUAUUUUUUAAAAAUUGUUUGAUAAUGAUAAUUCUUGAAUGUUGUGCUUGAGUGAAUCGAAAAUAUUCUUCAGUUGAUCGCUAAGCUGCAGAUCAUGUCCGACGAUGGGAAUAUUCGUCAAGAGUUUAACGCUAUAGAACGUGAUUUUUUUACUUCUGAAGAAUCACCGAACUCGGCGUUAGAUGAUUCCUCAGCUCCCCAAAUAAAGAAACCUGAUGGAACUUCUCGUGAUGGAGUGGAAACUGGUCAUAUCGAUUUGGAAGAUAACAAUACGUACGUCCAACUCAUACCAAGUUUGGAAGACAUGGCUACACUUGCAGCGACUUUAGAAACGUUGCAUCAUCACUACUCUCAAAACUAUUACGAUUAUUUUAAAAAUGCGAACAAUGUAAUCGAUAAAUUGAUGGUCCCAAACCUUAUCAGAGCAAAAAUGGCAGCACUUUGUGCUGAGAUGCAAAAAGAAAUACAUUCAUUAAGAUUUAAAACAGACUGGCACGGGCUUGAUAGGCCUAUCCUGAGAUUGCACGAUAUGUACUACGAUGACGACUCGUAUUUUUAUAUUUACAUACUGGUUUGGGACUCGAAUGGCCACAUUGAUGACAAAAAAACGAUAGAGAAAGCGAUAUCGUGUUCGAAGUAUUCGAAUGAGGGCGAUUUCAUGUUCGAAAUGAUCACUAAAUACUGUUUAGAGGAUUAUAUAAAGGAUUUUCCUCUGGAUUCGUUGAGUGAAGAAUUCAUCAGAGCUGCGGAAGCAGACAAACUACAAAAAUACUGGAUAACAGAUAAGAGAAGGGUUACUCUUGAUGGAGAAGAUGCAUACAAUGUAUCUGCAGCUUUAAUUAGCUUUCUUGAUUCGUUGAAAUCGUCUUCCAGCGUCUAUCAAUGGUCUACGUACGAAUACUUCUGGGAUUAUUUCGAUGAAGACGAUCAAACGGAAAUUGCCAUGAAUUUAAUUCGAGACGAGAGUUACAAAAGAUAUCAGAAGAUUUUACUCUCAAAGUUGAAUAAAAAUCAGCUCAAGCAGUUGUAUUCCGAAGCACCUCUUCCAAUGAUCGUCAGCUUUGCGUUUUUGAGAGAAUUCGAGAUAGCGAAGGCGGUUUGGGAUCGUAUCAAGUUGACAAUUGAAUGUGAUGACUACGAAGUUAUACUCGAUCAUGUCUGGAAGAAUGGAACACCAGAUGAUGAAAGCUGUAUGGAAUUUUUGAUUUAUUCGUGGAACACUGCUCCUUUGAAUUUUAUCGAGUACAUGAUGAACGAGAAAAAUUGUCAAAUUGCGAAUAAGCUGAUAGAUGGAGGUCCGAUGCUUGAAAGUUCCGGUAGGUUUGAAUUUCUGAAAGCUGUUUUAUCUCGAACAACGCCCGAAUUCAGACGAAGAUAUUUGCAACACGCUGGAACAUGUUUAUCAUUGAAUCAGCCGGAUGUGUUUAGUUCACUGAUUGAUCAUUGUUUGAACGAAACUGACCGUGUGACAGUCAAGGAAAAUAUACUCCUUAGAUCAAUUUCGACGAGUCUAUUAUCAGCUGGAAUAUUACAUCGUUGUCGAGAUUUAUUAUACUCGAAUCGCGAUGAAUUUAACAAAUUCCUCGAGUUAUUCACUUUGAAACCAACUUUACAGACACGCUUCAAGGAGUGUUUGUUAGAAUCAAAAUUACUAGUCACCAAUGUACUGUGGAAAGCUGAACAUUGGCAAACGUUGUCUCAAUUUAUAGACGAGCUGUAUCCGAACCGAGAAGUAGCUCGAUAUCAAAAGAGGAAAGUUGUUUUCACUUUUUUGCGCACUCGCUGCAAUUAUCGCGAUUGUUACCAUCCAAAUGGCGAUGAGAAGUUUACCGAGAUUGAUAAUCUCUUGACUCAAGUUCUUACCCCUCGAGAAAUAAUCACUGCCAAAGAAAAUAUAGGUGAUAGUUUUCUAAAAGCAUGUCGAUCUAGAGGGCUCAGUUCUUUGAAAAGAAUGAAUCUGCAGAGAUUUGCUACGUGGUGUUAUUGCGGCGAUGAAUACAACAUAAAGCGAUUCAGACGUUCGCUUCCAAUGGAUAAAUUAUUUCGUAGUCUUUUGAGCCAAGUAGUCGAACGGUACGUUAAUGGCAGGGAUGUAACGUUAUCGUUUUCUUCAUUAGACGAACUCAUACGUUGGAAAUUUUCAUCGAAAAGAAGCGAAAUGAAAAAAUUCAAGUCGCGUGAAAUAAACAGAAUCAUGACAGAAAAGGUAGAAGAAAGUUUUAAAUGGAAAACGCACAAAUAUCCGUCUGUCCUGAAGAAAGUUAUUGAAUGGGGUUUCGAUGGCGAUAGGCGUCAGAUUCGAGAAUUUGAGCAACGUUACUCAGAAAGCGAUAGGAUGAAGAUUAUUCACUGGAUGUAUUUGUGGGAGGAGACCACCGACUGCGCAAAGUACUAUCAUCACACCAGUGAUGAUUCAGAUAGUGGAAGGCGCCGGCGCCUGCACACUCCUCUUAGACUGACAACUAGUUCCAUGGAUUUUGAUGGCGAUGAUUUCGUCAUAGCACAUUAUAGGAAGAGUCUGACUAGUGACUAGUGCGACUGAUUCUUAUGAAUUUAUAGAAUUUAUAUUACUGAAACCAUACCUACCUCGUUUACCUACCUUUAAAAUAUGUACAAUGUUAUAAUAUUUUAGUAUAGGUACGUGUGGAUUAAAAUAUUCACAUCUCGUCUUGUUGUUUAUCGUUAAAUUCACAUAUGUAAUUAAUACUUAUACCUACAGUUAGGUACCUACCUAUACCUAUUUUUACAAUUUUUUUUCAUUUUAAAUCUAAUAUAAAUUUUUACCAUUG